AUGCAGAAGUGUAAGUUCAACCAGACUUCUUUGCGGUUCCUGGGCCACACCAUAUCCAAGGAGGGGCUCCACCCAGAUCAAGAUCAGAUCACAGCUGUGGCCAAUGCACCUGCCCCACAUGACACAUCCUCCCUGCAAUCCUUCUUAGGUCUUGCGUCAUGGUACAGUAAAUUCAUUCCUGACUUUUCUACUGUUGUUGAACCUCUACGUGAAACACUCAGCGAGUCUACAGAACGGCAGUUCACCUGGACUGCUGAGGCUGAGCAUAGCUUUACUGCCAUUAAGAGACUGAUUGUUGAGAGCCCUGCCCUAGCACUGUACGACCCUGAACUGCCUACAUAUGUAACUACGGAUGCCUCUGAUUACGGACUGGGGGUGUACUGA